AUGCCCCCUUCUUCUUCCGUUCUCUUCAGCUGGGCGGUGGUGCUCCUCCUUGCAAUCAAGGGGCCACCCAACUCCUCCAGCGUACAUAAUGGCCCUCUCCUCUUUGCUGCUGCUGCAGGCAGCAACAUGGGGGGAAAUAACCAUGGAGGAGGAUUCUUAGGAGGAUCGAUUGGCGGAGGAUCGAUAGGCGGAGGAUCGAUAGGCGGAGGUUCGAUAGGCGGAGGAUCAAUGGGCGGAGGAUCAAUAGGCGGAGGUUCGAUAGGCGGUGGCUCAAUAGGCGGUGGCUUAAUAGGCGGAGGGUCACUAGGCGGAGGGUCACUUGGCGGAGGUUCAAUAGGCGGAGGGUCACUAGGCGGAGGUUCGAUAGGCGGCGGAUCGAUAGGCGGCGGAUCGAUAGGCGGAGGGUUGAUAGGCGGAGGGUCAACAGGCGGGGUAUCGGGAACAGGAUUUACAGGGGGGGCGUCGGGAGGAGGAUCCACAGGAGGAGGAGGAUCGGGAAAAGAUGGAGAAGGAGAAGCAAACUCAAAUUCAGCAGACGAAUCCAAGAAUGAUCCCAAGAAGAAAAAGGAGGGACCACAACAAGGUCGUCUUGGCCCCCCUAGAAAUCCUCCUCGUCAACAACAACAGCAACAGUCGAAGGACAGCAACAAAGGUCUUGCACAGGCAUUACCUCUUUUAUGGAAUGCCGCUUCUAAUACCUCCGCUGCAUCGGAUGAGGCGACAGAAUUAGAGGAAUAUAAUGCAGCUCUCUCACGUAUUUUUGAGAGGCGAAUGGCAUUUCAGCCACGCUAUCGUGGUGCUUUAGAGGAUAUAAAUGAGGCGAUGUCUCGUGAUUUAUUGGAGACUAAUAAGAAGAUGUCAGCAAGCGAGCGUCAGAAGAUAUUAUACAGUUUAGGUGGUCGUGGCACAUAUUUAGAGGUUCCCCCACUACUACUUGAAUUACGUGAAGAGGCGGAUCAUCCUGUAGCGGAGCGUCUUCGUAUUCAAGGAUUACAUCGUCAGAGACGUCGUGGUAUACCAAUUAACUUUGAUGAUCUAAGAAAGCGACCAUUUGUUCAUAGAGAAUUUACAGGUCCUGUUACAACUGUUGACUAUGAGACCGAUCUUACGGAGGCAGAUAUUCAUCAAAGACAGAGUGGUAUCAAUGGAUGGCUUCAGAUGCAGAAUAGGGCAAGAGUCCUUCAGAAGCAGCAUCUUCGUCACCGUAGGAAUGUAGGAGCAAGCGAUCCAGUAUAUGAUGACGAUUUCCAGAUAGAUGAAGAGGAUCUUGUUGGUCUGAGUUUUAAUGGAAAGCUUAGCAAGGACGAAGGAGGAGAAUAUGGAGAGGAAUAUCUUGAAUAUAUUGAAGGAGAAGCCGCCAAGGGUUCAGAUAGUGAGGAGGAAGUUGUCGAAGGUAACGAGCACGAAAGCGUCAAUUUAUAA